GGCUCCUCCUCUCUUCCUCUCCACCGCUUCAUUCCAGUGAUCCACCAAAAUUUUAAAUUUAAAUAAAUUUAAAUUUAUCUUUUCGCUUACCGGAAAUUAUAUGGUAGAUUUCUGAGAUUCAGUGUUAGCUUUUAUAGCUGAGGCUUUUUUAAUCAUCGACGCGAUGGAUACAGAUUCGGCAACAAUGGAGGUGCAGCAGAGAGACGUGCAUCGGGUCAAGGGUCCAUGGAGUCCCGAGGAGGACGAGUUGUUGCGCAAGCUCGUGCAACGGUACGGCGCUCGGAAUUGGUCUGCCAUAAGCAAAUCAAUACCCGGCAGGUCGGGGAAGUCUUGUCGGCUGCGGUGGUGCAACCAGCUCUCGCCGGACGUGGAGCACCGGUCCUUCACACCGGAGGAGGAUGAGAUCAUCAUCAAGGCCCAUUCAAAGUUCGGCAACAAGUGGGCCACCAUAGCGAGGCUCCUGAAUGGCCGUACGGACAACGCGAUCAAAAACCACUGGAACUCGACCUUGAAGCGCAAGUACUCGUCCUUGAUCACCGACGAAGGCGCCGCAAUCGAUGGCCCUCAGGAAAAGAAACCAGCCACCGUGGAACGCGUUAUGCCGAUACAGUCAUUGCCGUCGGGCGGCCAUUGUUACAGUCCAAGCAGUCCAUCAGGAUCUGAUGUUAGUGAUUCAGGUCUUCCUGUGGGUUCAUCUUCGAUGGCGAUUCGUCCUGUAGCGAGAAACUGCGCAAUAAUCUUUUCGCCUUCACAGCGGGUCGAGUCACGCCCGAGUCCAAUCUUCAACUUAAACAAAGAGCCGUGCACUGAUCUUAGUCUGUCUCCUCUGGGAGCCGAGUUGAACGAGACGCAGAACAUUCGGAAUCCUGGUUCUAGUAUCGAGGCGCCAACGCAGUCUGAGAAGUUGUCAUCAAUGGCGACAUUUGGGCCUGAUUUGCUGAUGGUAAUGAAGGAAAUGAUAAGGGAGGAAGUGAGAAAUUACAUGGCGGGACAUAAUGAUAGACUGUGCUCUAAUCCUGACGGUGUGAGUGCGGGAGUUUCAAAGGCACAAUGAGCAGAGUGAUUGGAGUUUAUUAAGAGUUGAUGAGCCAAAGUUCCUGAAGCCAAGGUCGAAGGAGUAGCGAAGGUGUUUGUUAAAUUCGAUCACCGGCGCGGAAAUCGUUAUUUUCAGGCUGUACAGAUCAGGAAGAUGGAAAUAUCAGGGAAAGUUGGUAGGGUUAGAACUCAAGUUUGGAGCCAUGAAUCAUUAUCCCGACAGUGAAGCUAAAAUGGCAAAAUAAAACCAAAGACACAAAAAAAAAAAAUGUUAUGUGUACUUAUUUUGUUCUCGCAUAAUUAAUUACUAGAAUGCACGGGCCUCAAUUUUUUAAA